AUGUACGAGGUUCGUGUGCGCAACGCUCUUCUGCUUUGUCUUCUACCACUUGUGGUUUCUUCGGAAAUCGUGGGUAUGGACACGAUGUCACUUCGCAGCGGGGAUGAACUGAAACCGGCUUCAUUAUCUCUUCGACUGUACGUGAUGCGAUUCUGUCCAUGGUGCGAGCGAGUACUGCUCUAUCUCUCCAGGAAGAAUCUCAGUGUGGAGAUCGUAAAUGUAAAUUUGGUGGAGAAGCCUCAGUUUUUGUUGCAGAAACAUCCUGAAGGAAAGGUGCCGGUUCUUGAGCAUAAUGGGAAGACUAUCAUUGACUCUGCAUUGAUUUCUGAAUAUCUUGACUGGAUUCACCCUCAUACAUCGAUUCUACCGUCCAAUCCAUAUCUGAGGGCGAAACAAAGGAUGAUCGCCAGUUUGUUGGAGGCAAAGUUACCAGCAGCAGUUCGAGCGAUCGUUGAGGAACAGAAAAGGACCUCACAAAAACCGACCACUACGAAGAUGCUUCACGAUGCACUCGAUACUGCCGAGAGACUGCUCAAUUCAUCCUACUUCAGUGGUGACGAUGCUGGUUUCGCGGACUACAUGACGUAUCCAUUCCUGGAAAGAAUAUGGAUCUGGUCUCACGAGCCGGGCGCAACCGAUCUUCAGAGUGAUGCAUUUCCAAGCCACGCCUAUCCAAAACUCCAACAAUGGUUUGCGAAUAUGAUGAGGAGGAAAGAGGUCGCACGCAUCAGGCAACCGCUAUGGCGCCAUCAACUCUUCAACAGGGGGUACAUCAAGGGGAAGCCUGAUUUUGAUGCUGGAAUGAGCCCAUCCAACCAUUAUUAG